ACGAGAGGAAGAGAGUUGGAGACAACAGCAGCUCGGCCCGGCUACUGCUUUCAGACAACUCUGUGAUUUCUGAGACCUGUAAACAGUUAUUUUUCAAGGAAAUACACCCUACUCGCAGUGUUAGCCAUAUGAUUCACCUAUUUAUUGUUUUCUUAAACGGAUAACUACAUGGCUGACGCAGUUCACCGGGACUCAUUAGAGCAAGAAGGCCUAUCGGGCUCCACGUCUCCCUACGGCUCCACAGACGGCAGCGGAGAGCAGGACCAUCAGAGUCACAGUCAUGGCAACAACCAUAGCAACCAUCUGUUUCCCACGGCUGAGGCGGGUCAUUGGGUCGGGGCUGAUCAGGAAGAGGAGGCCAUUCGCAGGAAGUUAAAAUACUUCUUCAUGAGCCCUUGUGAUAAAUACCACGCCAAGGGCCGCAAGCCUUACAAGCUGAUCCUGCAGCUGCUAAAGAUCAUUAUUGUCACAGCGCAGUUGGUGAUGUUUGGCCUCAGUAACCAGGUGGUGGUGACCUUUAAGGAGGAGAACACUAUGACCUUCAAGCACCUCUUUCUCAAAGACUAUGACGAGUCAUCAGACAAUUCCUACGCUGUUUACAAGCAGAGCGACGUCUACGACCAGAUCUUCUACACUGUGGAUCAGUACCUGGCCUUACCAGAGACCACAGUGGGACGCUAUGCAUACGUGUACAAUGUUGGUUUCAACGGCAGUGCGCUCUCCCUCUGCCAGCAGUACUACAAGAAGGGAAGCAUCGACCCAGCCAAUGACACGUUCGUUAUAGACCCUCACAUCAAAACAGAUUGUGUAGGUGUAGACCCGCUGGCCACACCCACAGGUCUGCUCUCCACCAGCUACAGGAACUUUACACUCAAGUUCCACAAGCUCAUUAACGUCACUAUAGAGUUCCAGUUGAAGGCCAUCAAUUUACAGACCAUUAUAUACAACGAGAUCCCAGACUGCUACACUUUUUACAUAAAAAUACUCCUGGACAACAAGGCACACAGCGGCAAGGUGAAGAUCCGGUUAGAAAACCAGGCUUCUAUAAAGGAGUGUAAAGACCCGAGCGUCUCUGGACACGCUGAGAACUACACACGUGUAGCGUUUGAUGUCGUUGUGGCUCUGGUGUGUACGCUGUCCCUGCUGCUGUGUGGACGCUCCAUACUGCGAGGCAUCAUACUGCAGCAGGAGUAUGUGAAUUUCUUCAGGGAGACUCUGGAUCGUAAGGUGUGCUGUGCAGAUCGGCUGGAGUUCAUUAACGGAUGGUAUAUCCUCCUUAUCUUCAGCGACAUCCUCACCAUCACUGGCAGCAUCGUCAAAAUCGGCAUUGAGUCUAAGACUAUGUCCUCAUACGACUUGUGUGGCAUCCUGUUGGGAAUCUCCACACUCAUGGUGUGGGUCGGAGUCAUUCGCUACCUCACAUUCUUCCAGAAGUACAAUAUCCUGAUCGUGACACUUAGAGCAGCGUUCCCCAAUGUGAUCCGGUUCUGCUGCUGCGUGGCCGUCAUCUAUCUGGGAUACUGCUUCUGUGGCUGGAUCGUCCUGGGACCGUACCACGUCAAGUUCCGCUCUCUAUCCAUGGUGUCAGAGUGCCUCUUCUCCCUGAUUAACGGGGACGACAUGUUCGUGACUUUCUCGGAGAUGCAGGAGAGCAGCACCCUGGUGUGGCUGUUCAGCCAAGUGUACCUGUACACCUUCAUCUCCCUCUUCAUCUACAUGGUGCUGUCGCUGUUUAUCGCUCUCAUCACAGGAGCCUACGAGACCAUCAAGCACCAAACCCAAGGACCCAUCCACAUCACAGACCUGCAUGCCUUCAUAGCAGAGUGCACGGACGCACCAAACUCAGGGAAGUUCAGAGGACUGGAGACCUCGCCGUGCUCUUUCUUCUGCUGCUGUGACAGAAUGACUUCAUAUGAGGAUGUCCUGCUUGUGAACUGAAGUUGACCUCAGUGACCUCAGAAGCAUCACUACCCCCCCUGCUGACCACAGGGAGACACUGCAUACUCCUGAUGCUGAAUGUCUCUGUACCAACAUGCUGUGUAUCUGGGUCAAACCUCAUCACUCAUCUGAAGCAUGAGCUGGACCAACGUUCUGUUGAAGGAAUGAGUAAAAACUUCUUACUCCUGUCUUUUAUGUCCAUGAAGAAGAAACACGGGGCUGAUGCAGGACUGGAUCUUGCUUCUGUACGGACAGGCAUCAUGGAUGACUAAAGCACCGACAAUUAUCUGUUCCUUGUUGGUUUUAAAAAGAGUACCGUAUUUAUUAUAAUGCAUUUAAUGAGGCACAAUUUACUGAGUGGGUACAGGUGCCAUGAUGAAGGCUGAAGUAGUGCAUACAUGGUGCUGUUUUUGUUUUUAGUGUUUUUGUUUUUACAGUAUUUAAAAGAUUUUACCUCUUAAAGAGUUUCUUAUGCAUUUCACAAAAUACAGCCUACAUCUUAUCUUAUUUCCUACACUCAAUUACUCCAAUACCAUAAUAUCCUUUAAAUUCUAUACAAACUCUUUACUCUAGAAACUACUUGGCAGAAGAUACAAUGGGACAAGUCAAUUCAUACAAAAGAUAGAAGGGCCCUUGAGAGCACUGACCUCUGCCAAGACUGUUUCCAUAAGAAUGCAUGUGUAUGCCCCAAUGAAUUGGAUCAAUUCUAAAAUAAAAUGGGUUCUUAGUUAGCCCAUGUGUAUCUAUUUCACCCAGUUUAUUAACUUUGGGCCAGUAGUUUUUACUUAUUUGUUUUAACCCUUAGACAAACAAAUCAACGUGGCAGGGUUCAUUUGGUAAAAACCCCAAAUCCAAAGCCAGAACAAUGUGGUACGAAAGGACCACAAGCAGAUUUACAGUUUGAGGUUUCAGAUGUGGGAUUGAUUUGUUUUCUGUCCCGUGAACUGCACCUUCUGUAUAGAGUUUCAAACACUUUGAUUUUUUCUACUGCACAAGCGUCACGCUGCCUUCAAAUGUGGAUAUUACUAUUAUUGUACAGCUUGUGUGAUGUAUUGCACUCAUCUGAGCAUUCAUCACUAUUAUGUUUAUAAUGAAGCACUCAACAUUGCCCGUGGUUAUCUACAAGGAAAGCUCUUCUUUCAGACCCAUGGGCAUGUUCCUUUAAUGAUGCCUUACUUCAUUCAUUAUAAGGUAAACAUAUUAGCCCUUACCUUCAAUUCUAUACUGAUUGUAGUUGUAUCUGGCGUGUUUUAAGAGAGAAAUGACUUGAAUCAUCCGACAAAGUCGAGCUGGGUUUAGGCCAGGGGUGUCAAACUCAAUUUCAUCGCGGGCCACAUUAGAAUUAUGGUUGCACUCAAAGGACCGGUGGUAAAUUUAAGACUAUAUAAAUAUACAUAGAUAAAUAUCUAUAAUAUAUAUAAAAUAAUGUAUUAUUUAACAAUAUUUCCUCUGCAUUGGAUUAUUAUCGGAUAGGGUAAUAACUUCAUAAUUAACUACGUCUGAAAGCAGAAGUCUAGGGCAAAUAAUUGCAAGCAAUUCUCAUCUCACAAAAUGAGAUGCAUUGUGGGACAUGUCGUUUAUGGGCAACAUGCUCCUGUAAAGCGGCACGUAACCUUAUAAUAAACGUAUUAUAUUCUUUGCAAGCUCUUGUGGGCCACAUACAAUGAGGUGGCGGGCCGGAUUUGGCCCCCGGGCCUUGAGUUUGACACCCCUGGGUUAGGCUAGGUAACUGAAUGACUGCAGAAACAUAAUUGCACUUCUGUAAUAAUGCCUUGUCACACUGAAUCAUCUUUUACUGUCAUGUUGUUGUCUUCAUAAUGAUGUCUUGUCGAAAACAGUUUUCCAGUGACUUCAUCUCUAGUAGAGAGUAGAGGCUUGAUUUUUUUAUUAUACCUCAAAGCGCACACAAAGAGUCUCAAACUCUCGAGUCUAGAAGGUUCCUUGUCAGGAAAAUAGUUCAGGUAUAGUUUCUAAGAGAGAUUAUCUCUGGUUCAAGCAGUAACAUGUUAAACAGUGUUUUUUCAGUAAUCUUAUUCCACAUAAUAAACAAGCAAUGUCCUAUUUAUGCUGAUGGAUCCUAAAUGUGUCAAUGGCCUUCACUUUAAAUGAUAUGUUAGGCAUGCAUUAUUUAAAAAUGAUGUAGAUGUACCUUUCCUACAGUUUGAUGUUUUUCUACAUAAAAUCAGGAUUUUAACUGUACAACAUUAGAGACUCUAUGUCUGGAAACUAUCUACGGGAUCGUUUUUGAUAUUAAAACAUUGUCGUGUUUCACUUCA